CUUCCUUUUCGGUCUUUUAAUCAAAAUCUUCGCCCUCUUCACAAACACGAACACGCAAACACGCAACACUAUGCCUCGAAAGGAUGAUUUGAUGGAGGCAAAAGAAGCCCAGCUCUCAGAGCAGAAGCAGCAGCCACCCUUCAUCACGUCAGACCACGGUGUUUGCUUUGAAAACGACACCGACAGCCUGAAGGCAGGUGUCCGUGGGCCGGUGCAGAUCGAAGACUUUCAUUUACGCGAAAAAAUCACCCAUUUCGAUCACGAGCGGAUCCCCGAGCGGGUCGUUCAUGCUCGAGGAUCGUCUGCUCGAGGAUACUUUGAACUCAAAGAAUCCUUGAGUGAUGUCACGCAAGCUGCCUUCUUGACCGACAAAUCCGUGCGAACUCCCAUUCUUGUUCGAUAUUCUCAAGUCCUCGCAGGUCGCAACGGCCCUGACAUGACCCGGGACAUUCGUGGUUUUGCCAUUCGAUUUUACACGUCAGAAGGAAACUACGAUCUCGUUGGAAACAACAUCCCGGUGUUUCCAAUCCAAGAUGCCAUGAAGUUCCCUGAUUUGAUCCACUCUGCGCGCCCUGAACCUGACACGGAGAUGCCCAGUGCUGGAGUCACUAAUCAUGACAACUUCUGGGAUUUCAUUUCUCUGACACCAGAAAGCAUGCAUGCCGUCAUGUGGAUGCUUAGCGAUCGUUGUAUCCCGCGUUCGCUCCGCAUGAUCCAGGGUUUUGGCGUUCACACCUUUGUCCUUCUCAACGCCAAAGGCGAGCGCAGCUUUGUCAAGUUUCACCUUCGCCCUUCAACGCUUGGCGUGCAUGGCAUUUGCUUUGAUGAAGCGCUCCAGGUGAAUGGUGUCGAUCCUGACUUUCACCGACGAGAUUUAUUUGAUGCGAUCGCUCGGGGUGACUUUCCAGAGUUUGACUUUGGCGUUCAAGUGGUGGAAGAAUCGCGAGAAAACUCGUUUGACUUUGAUCUCCUCGAUGCGACCAAGAUCAUUCCUGAAGAGCUCGUACCUGUGCGCUGGGUGGGAAAACUCGUCUUGAACAAGCAUGUGGAUCCGUUCGGCGAGAAUGAACAAGUCGCUUUUUGCCCUGCAAACUUGGUGCCAGGCAUUGACACAUCGAACGAUCCCUUGCUCCAAGGUCGCCUCUUUUCCUACUUGGACACCCAAAUCAAUCGCUUUGGAACGGUCAACUUUACCCGCCUCCCCGUGAAUUGUCCUGUCGCUCCUGUUGUCAAUAACCAUCGAGACGGCUUUAUGCAAGGCUGCAUUUUCCGCGACAAGUUCAAUUAUUCACCGAAUCGCGGAGCGAGCAUUCGAGUUGAUGCUCAGCGUGGUUGUCCAACCCAUCCGACGCCGAUCCAACCUGGAGCUACGAAGAUCCGUGCCAAGUCGGAAAAGUUUGCAGAUCACUACUCUCAAGCCAUGCUCUUUUUCAACUCAAUGACACCUAUUGAGCAGCAGCAUAUUAUUGACGCCGCUUCGUUCGAGCUUGGUUCAUGCAAGGAAAGCGUGGUUCACCUGCGCAUGCUCGACCAUUUCAACCACAUCAAUCGAGAUCUGGCUGUGAAAGUCGCAGCAAAGCUUGGAUGCGCUUGCCCUCCUGCGCUCCUCGACUGGACGUACUCGACCCAGGUGUCAAAGCACUUGAGCAUGCUGGAUCCGCUCGGUGGCACUAGCGCCGGCUCGAGCGUGGAAACUCGUCAAGUUGCCGUGAUACUUGCGGAUGGGUUUGACGCGGAGCAGUUUCUCGCUGUCUCUCAAGGUUUAAAAUCGGCCAAAUGCGUUGCUAAAAUCGUGGCGCCACGCAAAGGCAAGAUUGAAAGCUCCAAGAAAACCGAAGACACCGCGGUCGAAGCCGACAGUACGUUUUUCACCACCAAAUCUGUCGUAUUUGAUGGUGUCAUUGCUAUCGGCGGUGCUCCGAGUGUGCAGACCCUUGCAGCCUCUGGCGCUUGUCUGGCGUUUAUCAACCAAUCCUUCCGCCAUUACAAACCGAUUGGGGCUGUGGACGACGCACUUUCGCUGCUCUUGGACGUGUCCUCGUACGGCAAGGUGCAACUUACCGGCAAAGAAUCGUCUUCCGUCUGUUCCGAUCAAGGUGUUGUGUCGAGUGCACACGGUGCAAGUUCUGAGUUUGUCAAGGUCUUUCUUGACGCUCUUGGCAUGCACCGAUUCUGGAUGCGUGAUAUUUCGCGUAUUCCAGCUUAAGUGCUAUUGGCUGAGCUUUAGUUUUUGAUGUUUGGGGCAUGAUGUGUGACGACCAACAAGAACCGUGUAAAUAGAAUCUAACAAAAACAAACAA